UGCAACGCCUCACUUCCGCUAGGCGGCGUCCUUUCUUGUCAGGUUUCAUUCAGUUUCACUUUCAUUAGAACAAGCUCGUCUUCUUCAGGUGAUCUCUCUUUCUCUCUGAUCUGAUCUUCUCGUUGAUCUCUUGUUUUCCAUUGCUGGGCUGAAAUCCACGCUGUGGUUGCGCUGGGCGGGCGUUUGUAUGUCGUUUGAUUGCGUGGGAAAAUUCGAGAGAGAAAGACAUUGAUGAAAAGGCGAGGCGGAGUGUGCCUGUUAGGCAACGCUUUAGGAGCUGCAAGCUUGGACUGAGGCCCUUUCAAUGGAGUUUGGUCGAUUGCGCUUGCUUUUUCUGCUGUAUGAAGUUCUUAUCUAACCCGCCGGCCAGAUGGAAGAAAUGGAGUUGGAUGGCUUGAUUCCAUACGUCGGGACGGGAAAUUCCAGUUCCGAGAUUGAAGCAUACGAGCAGGAUGUGGAUCAAAUUCUGAUCAAGGUUAAUGAGUUGGACAAAAGGGUGAACGAGGUUGAGCAAUUCUGUAACGAUCAAAGUAAAAAGCAACCAGACAUCUCCAAAGGAAGCACACUCGGCAAGGGCAAAAGGCAGAUUAGCGGUCCCAAGAAGCUGCGACAGGAUGGCUGUAGUAGGGAAGCCGCUGCAGCGAAGAGAAUGCAACAGCUUAUCAAUCAGUUCGGUGUAAUACUCCGCCAGAUCACCCAGCACGAAUGGGCGUGGCCCUUCCUGCAACCUGUAGAUGUCAAAGCUCUUGGUUUACAUGACUAUCACAAGGUGAUUGAGAAGCCAAUGGACUUCGGUACGAUUAAAAAGAAAAUAGAGGCCACUGAUGGUGCUGCUUAUAAGAAUGUCCGAGAGGUAUGUGCUGACGUGAGGCUGGUCUUCAAAAAUGCAAUGAACUACAAUGACGAAAAGAGUGACAUUCAUGUCAUGGCCAAGACAUUGCUUGGAAAGUUUGAGGAUAAGUGGCUCCUACUACUUCCUAAAGUUACAGAGGAGGAAAAAAGACUAGAACAGGAAGGGGCAGAGGCACAGUUAGAUAUGCAACUUGCUAAGGAAGCUGCUAAUGCCAGAACGGCCAGAAAAAUAAGUAAUGAGCUUUACGAGGCUGAUAUGCAUCUGGAAGAACUCAGGGCAAUUCUUAUUUCAAAAUGCAGAAAAAUCUCAACAGAUGAAAAAAGAAAGAUAGCGGCAGCCCUUGAUAAAUUGCCAGUGGAGGAUGUUGACAAGGCUUUGGAGAUUGUUGCACAGUAUGAUCCAAGCUUCCGAUCAAAGGGUGAUCUAGUGGACCUAGAUUUAGAUGCUCAGGUUGGAAUCUCUCCCUCUCACACGCCCGCGCUGGAGAGCAAUAUAUUGAUUGUGCUAUUCACUGUUGAUCUGGUGCAGAGCGAAUGCACUUUAUGGAGGUUGAAGUUUUUUGUUAAGGGAGCCCUGGAAGUUCAAGAAAAGAGUUCAACUGUUGUCGGCAACAACAACAACCCCGAUCGCAGUCAUGACACUAACACCUACAACAAUAGCAACAAGAAGAGGAAGAAGGAGAUACGUAACGUUAUUGCCAAAACCGCCAAGAAAAGGAGUUUGAACCCCUCGUCCUAAACAUGCGGAACCAUAAAAAGAUCCCUACAUUGGGGAUUUGUACUAAACUCACUCGGUAUGUGCAACCGGCUUUUUUUUUUUAAUUAUCUUUUUUACCUUUUUGGAGCUUGGAGGCGUUAUCCAAUACAAUUCCUUGAACAAUAGUGCUUUGUAAAUUUUGUCGCAUUGAUAAGCACUCUCGCUUUUCAUCUGAGUGAGUCUAAUAGCCCUGAAAUGGCUAAACCUGUGAGUACCCAAAAUAGCAUCUGACUUGAUACAGAUGUACUCUUUGUACUACCA